AUGCAUACAGGGAGUGGCUUGUGUCGACUAAAAAAAACAUACCGUGUACUCUAACAAAGAAGUUUAAUCCUUUGACCUGCUACUCCAAACAGGUUAAAAGUUACUGUAUUAAUACACUUUUAUCUUCACGAAGGGUAUGAUUACAGUUCAUAUUAUUAUCUUUAAGACAUUCAAACUUAUUUACUAAGAUACAAUAAGGUAAACAACAUACGUUAGGUUUGCAGCUCAAAUGUUUGAAGAACUGGCAACCAGUAGAUUUAUGACGUUGUAUGAGGAACUUUCAUUUUAAACUGCGACAGAGAAACGAAAAGUUUGAUGGAGGAUCCAUAUCAAUUACUGUAUCUAUGCAACUUGUGUUGACAUACACUGCAAAUAGGAUAUUAAAGCCUGAAUAAAGAAGACAUGUCAGAUCAAGGGAAAGAGCAAAGUCUUUCAACAUCUGGUUCUGGAAAAAGACUCACUGAAAUCCGAAUAAUAUUGAUUGGGGGUCGGGAGUUAUUUGGACGAGAAGAAAGUGGAAAAAGUUCAACAGGAAACAUUAUUCUGGGCAGAAAUGCUUUUGUUGUUGGAAAAAGAACUGCUCGGUCUGUUAAAGCAGAGGCUGAAGUACACGGAAGACACGUUACUGUGGUUGACACUCCAGGCUGGUGGUGGCACUAUGAUGUGGAGGAUACCCCAAAGUUUGAUAGAAUGGAAAUCAAAAGAAGCUUAACACAGUGUCCACCUGGACCUCAUGUCUUCCUUCUGGUCAUUCCUGUAGAUUCUGGCUUUAAAACAAUCUACAGAACCCCUCUGCAGAAGCAGCUUGAGUCUUUGUCUGAGAAAAUCUGGGAUUACACUAUUGUGUUGUUUAGCUCCACUUCUCCACAUGAUAAAGCUACUUUUAAAAACAGUUUAAGAUUAUGGCCAGACCUCCUGUGGCUUCUAAAAAUGUGUCAGAACAGAUACCAUUUCCUUAACAUUAACAACAUUGAUGACAGCUUACAAGUGACCACUCUGCUGGAAAAAAUUGAGGAAAUGGUAGCAAAAAACAAUGACAACUAUUUUGUAAGUAUUCCUACAGAGGAUUUGAAAAAGAAUACCACUGAGGUAAAAGUCAAACCAAAAAAUCUUUUUAGGAAAAAAGAUCGAACUGAACUCCAAGCACACAUUAAAAAGCAACAUCUAACUGAUAUACACAUCGUGAUCCUCGGAGCAUCAUGGGCUUCAAAGAGUUCUGCAGGCAACCUCAUUCUGGGUGAAGAUGUGUUUGACGUUGACGAGUCAAGAACUACAGUGUCCUGUGCAGUACGCAAAGCUCAAGUACAUGGGAGGAAGCUGACAGUGGUGGACACUCCAGGCUGGUACUUAUACAAUUCACUUGAAAAGACAUCAGAGAUGGACAAAUUGGAGAUUAGACGUAGUGUGUAUCUGUGCCCACCUGGCCCACAUGUUAUUCUCUUAACUAUUCCCAUUGCCAUAGCAUUUAACAAAUUGUACCAAAUAGCUGUGGAUGAACAUAUGAGUCUUUUUGGGAAGAACGUCUGGAGCCAUACAAUCGUGCUGUUCACGAGAGGAGACUGGCUUGGAGAUACAACCAUUGAGGAACGUACUGAAGAAGAAGGAAAGCAUCUUGAGUGGCUAAUGGAACAAUGUGGGCACAGAUACCAUGUGUUUAACUGUAAACAGUACACUGACAGCACACAAGUCACAGAACUCCUUGAGAAGAUCGAGGACAUGGUGAUGGGAAACAACGGCUGUCAAUAUGUACCAGAAAAAGAAAACAAUCCAUCUACUGAGCUCGAACUGAAGCUGAAAACUGGCAAAACAAAUAUGAUGAAAGUGAAUAAGAAAAAACAGAUCCUUCAUGAGUUGCUGAAGGAUAACACUUUCUCGGAUGUGAGAAUUGUGCUUCUUGGACUAGAAGGGGCUGGAAAAAGUAUGUCAGGCAACAUCAUUCUAGAAGGAAUUUUUUUUGAGGACAAAUUAGCAGAGGUAUGUAUGUCAAGAAAGUGUUAACCUUUACUGUUAGAAUUUUACUUCAUGUUAUUUUGCUCGGAUCCUGACUAGAAUCUGUAAUAUAAAUUCCUGUUUUUAAAACGUUAUUAAAUAUUAUUUUAAUAUUGCAGUAGUUAAUUAGUGUAACAUCAUUGUCAUUAGAACCUAUUUAUAUUUUUGCCCUAUAUAGGACCUAUUUAGGUCUAUUUCUAGUUGAUAUCAAACAAUGUGUACAGUAAACCCUAACAUUAAUAGUGCGAUUUUUAAAUAAAUUCAAACAAAUAAAAUUUUGUGUAUUUAGACUAGAGGCUGACACGGGAGUGGAUUUUCAAAUCUGUCUUGUCCCAUAUAUAUAUAUAUAUACCAUAUUUUCCACACUAUAAGG